UUAGAAACUUCAAUCUUGCUCCUAAUAAAACCUUGAACCAAGGAACAAUCUCUAAAAGAGGUCGAAGGAAUUCCGGGAAGCCUAACAUUUUUUGGAAACUGCUUGAAUUGGUGGCUCUGCGAUCUCGACAACAAGCCUUUCGGACUACGUAGUGUGGCAACCAUCAUCAUCACCUAUCUACUGUCUUUACACGGACAAGGCAGCUUGUCAGAGCUCUUGCCACGAGAGAUGCUGGAUGCAUCCCAAGAAACCCAGGUCAGUUUAUUGCUGGAUCAGACAACCAAAAUCCGAACUGCUCACAAUUCAGACAUCCAUCAAACAAAACACCAAAAUACAAAGCGCAAACACCAACAACCUACACUACCUUCGAUACUAUUUUCAACAUGAGUUUGAUUUUUAAACCCAGCAAGUUCGCAUUGGAUGGCGGCACUCCUAUUGCCAGCAAGCCCCCUGCCUACUUUGCGACCAAAAGCGACAAGUCCACCAAAGAUAUUUGUUACAUGCAGAAAGGAUUCGUCCCGGGGAAGAAUGAUGUGAUCCUCGGCCGUUCCAUGAAGUGCUUCAAUCACAGUGGCAACCGUGCUCUUCGAAAGAUGGUCGCCGAUAGACUAGAAGAAUAUUCCAAUGCUGAGAAGUCCGAAAAGUCCUUCAUCAUCUCCGAAGUGAUGGAGGCAAUCAGAGAGAAGACUCAAAAUGGGGAUGGAUUCUUGAAGUUUGAUACUUCAUCCAGCCUCUGGUAUACGGUCUGCGAGUAUCUUGGGAGAGAGAAGGUAUCCCAGACUUUCCGAGAUGCACUGGGCAACUACCGCUCCAGCAGCCAGGGCAAGAAGCAGCGCAGAAAGAUGGCUCGCGCCAAUGCUGAUUCCAGGGACGACAGCACCCACGCCAAACUCCAGCAAUGCAGCUUGAACUUUGCCGCCAGCUUGAACUUCGCCAACCUUGUCCCUCCAAGCACCACGGAGCAGCAGCAGCGGCGGCGGCGGCAGCAGCAGCAGCAGCCACCAUCGCCACCUCCAGCCAGUCCGCUCGUGGUAUCCUCGUACAACGGCGAUGGCGUGAACACUAGCCCCCAAAUGUUAAACGACGACGGCCUCUUUGAUACGCUUGCAAAGGUGCUUCCACCCAACUAUGGCGACGAUACGAAUCCCUUUGAACCCCUGCACCUUCCUGAAAAGAACAUGGAUCUUUGCGAACCCGCUGCUCUGUUUGAGUCAUCUCCCUAUGAUCGAUUCGCGGCGUUUGGAGAAAACCAGGUCCAUGGUUCCGCUGAACAGUGCCCGCUGCCAAUCGACUGCCCAAUCCGCCAGUUCCAACCAAGCACAGAGCAAGCAUCAUCCGCCCCCCAUGAUUCAGAUGCCAUCGCAUGUCCGUUCGACAACAUGAUCCACUGUACUUGAAGGAAGGGCCUUUCUAGCUAGAGAGCCCAGAACUCCAAACUCCAUAGAUAACUUAAUUAAAGCACUGCAACAGGAACAAGCUUCCUUAGCUUGCCCACAACAGAGAGCUACGCAGCAAAACUCUGGAAUAAGAUCA